ACUACGGAGAGCACUGUCUUCACUCAGAGCACAAAGUUGUCAAUAAAUCCACCCUUCGGGGAUUUUCUCUGUCUAUCGGUUGUCGUGUAGUUCCUCACCUCGCCACACUGGUGGAGAAUGCGGGCAUAGUGUGAGGUGAACACCGACAACCGACCCCCGAGGAGAUCGUUAAAGUCACCGUCACCCAUUUUGUUUUCUUUUUUUUUUGUUUGUUGACAUUGGUUUUCUUUUCCCUCUGCUCUGUUUCCACAGGCGGCCGCUCCUCCCCCGGCAUGGAAGAGCUGCUUAAACACCUCACCGAGGUGAGCAUCCGCCAGCAGCAAAUAAUGGAGCACAUGGCCUCACGUCAAGGAGACGCCGAACGCGAGCUCGCCGCCCUCCGCACCGCCGCCCACCGCACGCCGCUGCCUGACCCCCGUGUCCAAGCCGUACAGCUGAUGCCGCGAAUGACGGCGCACGACGAUGUGGAGAUGUAUAUGCAAAUGUUUGAGGCCACCGCGAUCCGGGAGGCGUGGCCAGAGGACGAGUGGGCCAGACUUCUCGCGCCGCUGCUGACCGGGGAAGCGCAGCGGGCGUAUUUCACCAUGACGGCGGAGAAAAGCCGGGACUAUGAAGAGGUGAAAAAGGAAAUCCUGAGCCGAGUAGGCCUCUCCCCAAUCUGUGCGGCACAGCAGUUCCAUGACUGGGCAUAUCGAGCUCGACAGCCCGCUCGCGCCCAAGCGGCAGAACUAACCCGGUUGGCCCACCAUUGGCUAUUGACAGGGGUUCCCUCCGCACACAAGGUAGCUGAGCGUGUGGUGAUCGACCGACUCCUCCGCGCCCUCCCCCGCGCGUUGAGGCAGGCGGCUGGCAUGAGGAAUCCCACCGAUCUCGACGAGCUCGUGGAGGCCAUUGAGCUGGCGGAGGCCGCCCAACACCUUCACGUAGGGGAGCGAGCGCCACCUUUUCCCCGAAGGGUGGUCCAGGAGCGACGCUCGCCGGAGGGCACCCAGCGACCCGUGAGCAGGCCUGCGGUUCCCGGCCCCCAGGACGAACCGAUGCCCACCGAGCCGCCGCGCUCCCCAGGACGGAUAUGGCUAGCAGGCUGUUCAAUGCACAACCCGCCGCCGGAGGCACCGCGAGCCGAGGUGCACAUCAAUGGCCGGCCGUUCAUCGCCCUCCUCGACUCGGGCAGCGGGGUAAGCCUGAUACAACCAACUGUCCUUCCGCCCAGAACCGGUUCCAGAGCCCGGCUGGCGAUAACGUGCGUGCACGGGGAUACCACUCCUCGGCCGGGAUUGGCCGGGGUUUGAUCAGCUCCUCACCUCCAGCACACAGCCUGC